AUUAAGGCGAGGGGGCUUCCAGAGCUCAGCCAACAGCCAGGAGCAGUGACCGAGCCGCCGGAGCUGGGGAGAGACGCACCGGGGCGGCGACUGGGCCAGGAGACCAGGGACUGAGGGACGCGCCCAGGGAGGGCCAGCAACGAGCCGCGGCCCGGGCGGCGACAGCGGCGGUCCGCGCCGAGCCGUUCCAGCCGCCCGCCUAGUGUAGCCGCUGCGCCAGGACAUUUUUUUUUUUAAGCUCUCCAAGCUGCCCCCCUCCUCCCCGACUCCUCCCGCUGCAAAAGAAAAAAAAAAAAAAAAAAGGAAGGAGGCUAGAAAGGAAACCCAGAUUUGCCACCACGACGAAAAAAAGAAGGGGAAAAGGAAAAGGAGAGAAAGUCGAGCGACUGUGGGGUUAGACGGAGGCAGACAGAGCGUGGGCCGAGCGAUGCGGGGCUGUGUGCCCAGGCGGCCGCGAGUUGUGACUGGAGCCACGAUGCACGGCCAGGCGCGGUGAGAAGCCAGCCCGUAGUGCCUCCCGAAGGAGCCCGGGCGCAGGGAGGGUCGCCCUGAGGACACGGAGGCCGCCAGGCAGGCCAAGGGCCGAGCUCUACCUCAAGCCCGGGAGAACUCAGCGGCGCUUUCCUCGCAACCCGAGCUCGGCGAGUCGUCGUCGUCUUCUUCUUCUCCGUUUUUAUUUAUUUAUUUCCGUUCCUGCCGCCGUUCUCGCUGACCUUCACUCCUCCGCGGGCUCUGAGCAGAAGGGUCGCAUUCUCUCCCGCCUGAGACUUCUUUUCCUCGCCCCGGGAGCUGAGGCGGCGCCGCUCCAGCCCGGGGCCCCGGGACUCCCCGGCUGCACACUUCACUGAGACAUCCCCAGGCCCCGAUCAGCCUCGUUUCCUCCACCCUACUUUGAUUUCCUCGUGUGAGUUUUGGCUUGCACGGCCGAGUGUGUGUCCUCUUUUUGGAGAGACUGGGGAGCUCUCGCCGGUUGUCUUCAGGAGUCAUCCCCUGGGCUCUACUUUGCCCCUCUCUCUCUGGGCCUCAUCAGACCAAACCAAAGACCAUGGUUCACUGUGCCGGCUGCAAAAGGCCCAUCCUGGACCGCUUUCUCUUGAACGUGCUGGACAGGGCCUGGCACGUCAAGUGCGUCCAGUGCUGUGAAUGUAAAUGCAACCUGACCGAGAAGUGCUUCUCCAGGGAAGGCAAACUCUACUGCAAGAACGACUUCUUCCGGUGUUUCGGUACCAAAUGCGCAGGCUGCGCGCAGGGCAUCUCCCCCAGCGACCUGGUGCGGAGAGCGCGGAGCAAAGUGUUUCACCUGAACUGCUUCACCUGCAUGAUGUGUAACAAGCAGCUCUCCACUGGCGAGGAACUCUACAUCAUCGACGAGAAUAAGUUCGUCUGCAAAGAGGAUUACCUAAGUAACAGCAGUGUUGCCAAAGAGAACAGCCUUCACUCGGCCACCACGGGCAGUGACCCCAGUUUGUCUCCGGAUUCCCAAGACCCGUCGCAGGACGACGCCAAGGACUCGGAGAGCGCCAACGUGUCGGACAAGGAAGGGGGUAGCAACGAGAAUGACGACCAGAACCUGGGCGCCAAGCGGCGGGGACCGCGCACCACCAUCAAAGCCAAGCAGCUGGAGACGCUGAAGGCCGCCUUCGCUGCUACACCCAAGCCCACCCGCCACAUCCGCGAGCAGCUGGCGCAGGAGACUGGCCUCAACAUGCGCGUCAUUCAGGUCUGGUUCCAGAACCGGCGCUCCAAGGAGCGGAGGAUGAAGCAGCUGAGCGCGCUGGGCGCCCGGCGCCACGCCUUCUUCCGCAGUCCGCGCCGGAUGCGGCCGCUGGUGGACCGCCUGGAGCCGGGCGAGCUCAUCCCCAACGGCCCCUUCUCCUUCUACGGAGAUUACCAGAGCGAGUACUACGGGCCCGGGAGCAACUACGACUUCUUCCCGCAAGGCCCCCCGUCCUCGCAGGCCCAGACGCCAGUGGACCUACCCUUCGUGCCGUCAUCUGGGCCGUCCGGAACGCCCCUGGGUGGUCUGGAGCACCCGCUGCCGGGCCACCACCCGUCGAGCGAGGCGCAGCGGUUCACCGACAUCCUGGCGCACCCACCCGGGGACUCGCCCAGCCCCGAGCCCAGCCUGCCCGGGCCUCUGCACUCCAUGUCGGCCGAGGUCUUCGGGCCCAGCCCGCCCUUCUCGUCGCUGUCGGUCAACGGUGGGGCGACCUACGGAAACCACCUGUCCCACCCCCCCGAAAUGAACGAGGCGGCCGUGUGGUAGCGGGGUCUCGCACGGUCUGCGGAGUUCGUGGUUGUACAGAAAUGAACUUUUAUUUAAGAAAAAUAGAAAAAAAGAAAAAAAAAAACAUAAAAAGCAAGUCCCCACCCCCUUCCUCCAGCCUCGAGAACCAUUCUCCUUCUGGGGAGACCGGAUGGAAAAGGGGGACACGAAAUAGGAUCCAAAUCGGCCUCGUGGUGGGACUGGGAUCCGCGCACUGGCUGUCGACGUGCAGAACUGGGGCUCCCAAAGGGAAAUGCAGAACUCUCCCCAACUCCCACCUGGACCCGGAUCCGUAGACAGACCCCGCGGGCGUGUGCGCCUGGCAGGCGGGCGGCGAAAAGACAUCCAGGGCAGCCGCGGGUGCGCACAGCCAUUGGCGAUGCCAGGAGCCCUGGGGAGGGAGGCCGUGAGCACAGCCGGGUGAAGGAAGUGAAGCGGCCUAGGGCGCUCCCGGGCCAGCCAGGAGGGUUCUAGCUCUGGGAUAUCACUUAUUAGUGUUGUCUCAGAGUUCAACAGCGCGACAACAAACUCUUAUAGCUUCAGAAACGCCGACCUGCCGUGCAUCAGGUGGGACUAUAUAUAUAUUUUUUGUCUAUCUGGAUUUUUGGUUUUUGUUUUUGCCAAAAUUGCAAAAUUCCAAAUGUAAAGCCCUCCGUAUCAACUCUUCUACCUUCGCAAAACUACACAUACACACAAACGCACGUACACGGACACACUCGGUAGGAUGGUCUCCAGCCAGACCGCUCAGUAAAAUGACUUGAACAUCAGCUGUACAAGAAAAGUAUUCUACCUUCACACACAAAAAGUUAAAAAAAGAAAAAAAGACUAUUGAACUAAAAACAGUCAACUGUUUACGUAUAAUGUUAAAUUCAGGAGUUCGGUGUUUUACUAAUAUAUCCUGUUUUGAAACCUCUUGUUCAAAAACAAAAUGUUUUGAGCAAUCAACCAAAAUUGUUCCUUUUCUUUUCCUGUAGAUGUUCUGACAGAUUUGCAGGGCUUUCGGCUCACUGUGCUAGUAUGUAAAAAGGUGUUGUUUACACGCGGCAAAGAGAAAACAUGCUAUUCAGACAGUUGCCAAAUAGAAUAAUUAUAGCACAAAUACUGUAAAGGUGCCUGGCACCAGCAACCUGAGAAAGUGUUAAAAAAAAAAAAAAAGUGUUACAAGGUUUAAAAAAAAAAACAUCUUUGCUAAUUUUUUGUCCUGUUGAACAUUCAUGGAAUUGUUAAUAUGACUUAUAUAGACCCACACAGGUUUUAUUUUUGUGUCUUUAAAAUAAAAGUCCAAAAUAUUUAAAUUUUAUGGUCAAAUAUGCAGUCAACAGCUGCUACUUUUUCUUUAUAUAUUAAAUUUCUCAUGUCUUUUAUUGUUCUAAUAAACCUAAGCUUGUGUGACCUCCAGUGCAUAUUAGACCAUUCACUGUAUGAAAGAAAACAUGUUGAAUAAAUUUGUGAGUUUUUAAUAAAAAUAGAAAAUCUGAUGUUUAGAUAAUUGGUGUGUUAUUUGAUGUUUUCAAAGGGGAGCCCUGAUGGGGAGCUGAAUGGGUCCUCAGAAGCCAAGUGGAAAAGAGAGGUAGGAUUGGGGUGAUAUAUCUGUUUUUGCCUUGGCUGUGGCUGAAACCUUUUGCUAAUGCCAGCCAAGCUUUUCUUUGUGGCUUCCUGCUGUUAUUAGCUACAGAUUUGCAUCCUGUGGAUUUAACUGAUACCGUUGAAGAGAUGUUUGCUGAUAAGUUAAUAUAGAAUUUGAAAUAGAAAUCAAAUCUAUGGCUAAAAAAUGAGUGGUCCAGGUCUGUGAUUAGGCAUAAGAUCCAAGGCAUUCCCUCUUUCACUCUCCCUGCACAUGCAAAACUGGGCUUGUGAGUAUCAGAUACUUGUAAUACAUAGUUAGAGGUGGUCCUUUUCCGUUUCAAUUCAUUUCCUAUAGAUAAUCCGGCUUUCUAAUUUGGUGGUUUGAAAGAUAAUGUAAAGGCUUUCUAAUUUGGUGGUUUGAAAGAUAACGUAAAAUGAAUGUAUAGUACAGCUAGAAAUGAAAUACUUUAAUCCCUUUCACAGAACUGAUAUGAAAUUGUUGUUUUAUAGUAUUUGUUACCUUUGAAGUUCCCCAGAAGGAAAACUAUUUUGCCUGGCAUAAGAUACAUAUUAAGUUUCUCUGAAAGAUGAACAAAAAUAACUAAUAUCGAAAUAAAAUUUCAACUGAAAAGUUCUAAAAUUAGCUUGAUUCUUUCCAGUCCUUCAUUAGACUUGGAAGAAAUUUGAAUAUUUUAUCUACUAUG